AGGAGCUUUGGGGCAGCCUGCUAUAAAACGCCUCUCCCCAGAGUAGAGGGGCCAGAGGAGUAAAAGCUAGUCAUUCAGAUUGGAACCUAUCAGAUCCUCACUUGUUCUUGACGGAGUAUUUCAACAGAUUGUUUCGUGUUGCGUUAUACUACAGACGGGACCAUGAUGAUCCCAAGCGUCCUUGCGCCUAAUGCGAUGUACCCAGGCCUUUACCGCCCCUCCGCCUCCAUGCCGCUCCAACGGUCUCUGCAGAACGCGUUUCCAACCCACUCCAGCUUUCUAGUGGAGGACCUGCUGCGGAUAAGCAGGCCGGCGGAGUACCACUUCAGCCGGACGCUCCCCUCAGCAAGCGUCUCCCCGGCGACAACCACCACAACCAUGUCCUUCAGUGCCAUGCCACAGGAGCGCAUCGUCUCUCCAACUGCCUCGACGCGUGAAUCAUGCUCUCCGAAAAUGUCACAACCGAGUAGUAAAGACCCAACUUAUCUUAAAUUUGGAGUCAGCGCAAUCCUGGCACCAUCACCAAAGACCGCAUCGCUGCCCCCCGCCAUCCACCACAGUAUGCACCCCAAGGCCUUCUCUCUCCCCUACUUCGACGGAUCCUUUCACCCCGCCUUCUUCAGGUCGACAUAUUUCCCAGCGUCUUCAUCCGUCGUGCCCAUCCCAGGGACCUUCUCUUGGCCACUGGCCAACAGAGGGAAGCCGAGGAGAGGGAUGCUCAGACGGGCAGUGUUCUCUGACGUGCAGCGCAAAGCUCUGGAGAAGAUGUUCCAGAAACAGAAAUACAUCAGCAAACCAGACAGGAAGAAGCUGGCCUCAAAGCUCGGUCUCAAAGACUCGCAGGUUAAAAUCUGGUUCCAGAACCGCAGAAUGAAGUGGAGGAACUCUAAAGAGAGGGAGCUCCUGUCUUCAGGAGGUUGUCGCGAGCAGACCCUGCCCACCAAAACGAACCCACACCCAGACCUCAGCGACGUCGGCAAGAAGUCCUCCGCGGAGGAGGACGAGAUGGAAGAGAACCCAUUCGGCGCUAGAGGCGCGCCUGGCCUUUGCCAUUCCCCCGCAGCGGGGCACGAGCUGUCCAACAGCGGCGGAUCGAACCUCUCGUCGCCAUCUCUCUCCAGCAAGCACUCGGAAUUCUCAGAAUCAGAUGAAGAAGAGAUCACAGUUUCUUAAUUGAUUUAUAAAAACUCAGAUAUGUUUAUAAAAUGGUUAUCCACAGGUUAACUGUACCUAUGUGACCAUGUUUGCAAGAGUCUGUAUCCCUUAAUUUAGACCCAACUACUAAGAAAUGUAUUUAUUUCAUAUUCCAAAAUAUUUUCAAACAAUGAACUUCUGUCAAAUCAAUUUAGGCUACAUCCAUGAUUUUUUUCUUUUAAAAAUAAUGGCAAGGUUUAUUUUAUAGAAAGGGCCGGCUCUAGCCUUCUGGGGGGCCCUAAGGGAGAUUUUGUUGGGGGGCCCCCACCUAGAGGGCAAUUUUAUUUUAGUGGCUCCCCUCUUGACAGCACGGUUUUAAAGGUCUACACACUUUGCCAUUGGGUGGAAAGAAAAUGUGGCAUUUUUAUAACACAUUUCAUGCAAUUCUACUCAUUUUCCCAUGGAGUUGUAAGACAUUUUUGCAGCUUUACAUUUUUUUUUUUUUGCAGUUCUGCCAUGGUGUGGAUAGAAAAUAUUGACAUUUUAUAAUAAUGUCAUUAAAUUCUACUCAUUUUGCCAUGACAUGACAUGAGUGAUUAAUGGGGCCCUGGGCUCGGUCGGAAUUCGGGCCAUGAUUUUCUACAAGUUUAGAUGACUGGCUAGACUAACUUACCAAUCUAAAAAUUGUUUGCAGGAAUGGCUAAUUGAGUGACUGUCAGUGACUGACAAAACAAGAGAAGAGCUGCUGAUGCACAACCAAAUUUCAAACUUGCACCUUGUGUAUUCUACUAUUCUAACUCUCAACAGUAAGUUGAGAACCUGACUGAGUUAAAAACAAUUAUAUAAUGGGCCCAAGUGGCCCUAAGCGACAGCUUAUAUCGCUUAUGCCUGGAGCCGUCCCUGCUUAUAGGAUAUACUUAGAAAUGAUUUGCUGUUUUGCACAGCUCUUUCAAUUGUACAGUAUUUUGUACAACUAUUUGUAUGGAUAUUUUAUGCCAAGAAAAUGGAGUUACCUGGACUUACAGUUUUUAUUGAAAAGUGUAGACAUUUCGUGCAUAAUUUAUACGGAUUUGUUAAUUCAAUGUAUUGUGUGUGUGUGUGUGUAUAUAUAUAUAUAUAUAUAUAUAUAUAUAUAUAUAUAUAUAUAUAUGUGUGUGUUAAUAUUUCACUAUGUUUGUUAUUUCAAUGUAUUGUGUGUAUAUGUGUUAAUAUUUCACUAUGUUUUGUACAAAUACCAAAUAAAAUGUAACAGCUACAUGGUAUAACUUCUGUUACAAAACGGAAAUGAACAACAGUAGAAAUCAUUAAAUAGAUCGAUAGGUUUAUGCUAGCAGAGAGCCAUAAUUGAUAGUCACAUUGCAUGAAUUAAUAAAUAACCAUGAUUUUUAUUGAAUCACAAAUAACUUAAGACUAGUACAGUGAUCUUCAGAAUCAGUUCUCCAAGCUCUGGAGAGAACAUUGACGAUAAACUCCACACGCCUGCUCUGACGCAAAAGAGACUGUACACAAAAUACUCAUUUUCAAGUAGUUACAAAUGGGCUAGAAAAGUCAUCAAAAUGUUGCAAGGUAAUCAAGUAUUUACACUGUUAUGUUACAUAUGUUUUUGUGUUUUUUUUUUUUUUUUUUUU